AUGGAAGCACCUACACCAACCAUUCCGACAACCAGUCCAACCACCACCCCACUGACCACGCCAACCACCACCCCAACCACCACCCCAGCCACCACCCCAACCACCACCCCAACAACCACACCAACCACCGAUCCAACCACCAGUCCAGCGACCACGCCAACCACCGAGCCUACCACCACUUCAACAAUCACCUCAGCCAACAACACAACGCCAACCACGCUCAGAACUCCAGAGAACACCACGGGUAGCCCUGCCAUGCAAGAGCAAGGUCCGUCUGAAUCUGAUAAUGGUUCAGAUACUAAUGAAAGCCAUCCGAUAGCCCCUAAUGCCACGCAGGGAGAAGGUUUGGCUUCUCAAUUUAACAGCUCCAGUAAUACUACUGGAUACAUCACUCCCAACGCUACCACCCAAGGAGAAGGUUUGAAUUCUAUGAACAGCAGCUCCGGCAAUACUGGAUACCCCGCUCCCAACGCCACCACGCAAAGAGGUUUGCUUUCUACGAACAACAGCUCCGGCAAUAAUACUGGAUACAUUGCUCCCAAUGCUACCGUGCAAGCAGAAGGUUUGAAUUCUACACACAGCAGCUCCAGUGAUGCUGUGCACAUUGCUACCAACGCUACCACCCAAGGAAACGGUUCGGUAGCAGCUACCAUUGCUCCAGGUGCCUCUAAUCCUGACGUACAGACUGGGGUAUGGCAUGACAAGAAUGUCACUGAGCAACACUCUAGUGGCGAACCUGUUUUUGGGACUUCUACUGUCGAAUCAGCCACAACACUGGGUAGGGAAGGUGUUCGACGUCGCAGUGACGGCAAAGAAAAGGAUGACGAUGGCGAAGGCGAGGGCAGUACGUUGAACCUCGCUCUUCUCUUCUCUCCGCUGAUCUUGGCCGGAUGCAUGGUCCUGGCCUUUGGCGGCUUCAUGGUACGACGGAGGCGUAUUCAGAAAGAGGAAGCUGGUAUGAUGAAGUUCGACCCUAUCGAAAAGGCAAACCAAGAAUCCUCGUAG